AUGGGGGCCAUUACAGUGUUGCCAAGUAUACCACGCCAGGACCCAAGAGUUAAACUUAAUAACGAUUUUGGAUUAGCAACGACUGAGACUUUAGUCAUGAAUGCCAUAUUCCUCUCGAAUCCGGAACCAACUUUUUCUUGGUCUUUCGAAACAUCACCAGGCACGGGUGUUACAAAGCUUGUCAAUGGCAGCGACAAUUUUGAUAUUCAAAAUAAGUUUAUAGCGACUAAUCUGUCUGCCGUAUCAGUCGGGACACGAAAGAAUAUACAAGCGUCCUGGUUUGGUGUCUACAAUGUAACGGCGAAGAACAGUCAGGGCAGUGAUACACUCAGUUUUACUGCUGCAGCGAAAGGAAAACCAGACUCUCCGUAUGGGGGUUUAGCUAUGUGCCCUUUUGAAGAUCGAGCCACGCUGAGUUGGAGAUCCGGAUUCAAUGGCGGGUCUAGUCAAACAUUUAUAGUUGGUAUACGGACAGAUACGCAGAGCAGCAUCAUGAUUGAUAGAAAUAUUAACCAGUCUGACCCAGGACGUGGCCAAAGUGUUACUACGACAGUUACAGGUCUGACAGCUGACACAAAGCAUUUCUUCACUGUAUAUGCUGUUAAUGAAUUUGGGAACUCAUCUUUACUCGAGGAAGUUAACUGUACAACACAAGCCAGACCUGCUGCUGGAAGUUCUCUUACAGGACCGAUCAUCGGGACAGUUUGUGGAGUUGUUGUUGUACUGAUUGUGAUAGCCGCUGUCAUUGUCAUCAAGAGACGGAACUCUGGAAAAAAGAGCCGAGGUGAUGACGGAGACAUGGUGGGGAUUGAUAACAGGUCUGCUGAUGAUGAUAGUGAAGGUGGAUUGAAACCAAACAUUCUGUAUGAAUCAGCUGAUACAGGGCUAAAACCGAACAUUCUGUAUGAGUCUGCGGGUCCUCUGCCUGGGACUUCAUCAGAAUAUGCAGUUGUUGACAAACCUUCAAAGAAAAAGCCUGUAUCACCGGAUGCUGUCUAUGCUAUUGUGGAUAAAUCCAAAAAUGAGAAAUCUGAAUCAGCAAAAGAUCUGUAUGCAGAGGUCAAGUUGAAGUCCAAGAACGGGAAAGAGAAAAAAAAGCAAGGGAAAGGGAAACAAAAAGGAGGUCAUGGAAAAGCCGCUGAAAAGAAUGAUGUGUAUGCCAAUUGUAAGGAAGCCGACAAAAAUGCUCCUGCAACAGGACGUCAAGCGAAUAAAGAUGGACUGAUAUACCUGGAUGUGGUAUUCAAAAAUGGAGACAAAGGAACAACUGGUGUUACCCAUGGUAUCGAAAAUAGAACGGAUUAUGCUGAUGUGGAUUUCAGCAAGCAGGCUCCAUCCCUACCACCAGAGUCUGGAAACGAACAGACAAAAGAGGAUGGGAAAUGAGCUACGGAUGUACAAAAAAAUCCUUGCAUUCUAUGAUGCAUUAGAAGAAUCUUCCAAUCUCUGAGAUUUAUAUUGUGCAGCAGUAAUGAAAGAAAGUGUUUUAUUAUAUAGUAUCUUCUUAAAAAGAAGCCCUUAUAAGUGAUUAAAAGAGAGAAACAUAAUCUUAUGAAACCUAGAAAUGCUGGACAUUAUCUGUCUAUGUAUGGAGAAAUAUUGAAUGUCAACAGUUUGUCAAAAAGACAAAACCUGAUUCAGAUGUUUUAUAUUGAUUUUUUAAUGAACCUAUAUAUUUUUAUAUAAUUAUUAUUAUUGUUAUUUAUCAUUAUAUUUUGUACCAGUUUAGUCAAAGGCGAAAGUAUAUUUUUUCAACUCUGUUAAGUGUAUUUUUUUUUUAAAUUGAAAACUAUUGUAUCAAAGUGAAUGAUUUUGAGGGAACAAAUAAUUGAUGUGGUCAUUUGUGACCUGAUAUCACCCCUGACUUGACGUCAAAAUAUAACAUUCCUGUUUCUGUGAAUAUGGAGGGAUCGUUCCAGUGAUGAAACAACUCCAGUAAAGAUAACUUUAUAUCUUAAAACAAAUAUGGGUGAAACAUAAUGAUGGGAUGAUGGUUAAUUUAUUGUUUAACCUCAUGGUCAAAUGAUCCAGUAAUUAAUGGACACUUUGCAUAUUCCAUUGUUAUAAGUGUAGUAUAUUUUAUAUCCAUGUCUGUGGAUCAUAAGAUGCUAAUCGUUACUACAUUUGAUAAAUUAAGCAAUUUUUAGUUAACUUUUCAAAACAAAAACAAACAAAAAACAAAAAAUCCAAAAGACUCUUACUGAGAAUGUAUUUAUGCAAUUUUUUUACAAUUUGAACAGUUAGGAAAUUAUGCACUAAAAUAGCUACCUUUAGAAACCAGCCAAGGUCUUACUCAACUCCCUCAGGAGCAUACUACAGGAGCUGCCUUAUCAGCGCCAACAACUUACAUACAACAUUUCUUGCAGUGCCCUACCACAUACCGGUACUCAUUUAUAACUGAGUCCACUAGAACACAACAGAGUAAAGUAUCUUGUUAAAGGAUAAAUAGAGGAUAUCUAACAGUUUCUUCAGUAAUACCAAAUAUAUUUCACGAGUGGG